GCAAACACCGGCAUUGGCUUCGAACUAGCUAAACAAUUCCUCUCCGAUGCAUCCAAACACAUUCUCCUCGGUAGCCGCAGCGCCUCCAAAGGCGAAAAAGCCGUCCAAGACCUCCAAUCUCAGAAUCCACCGGGAACUGUUGAAUUCAUGCAAAUCGAUGUCUCGAAGCAAGACUCCAUCGUCGCCGCUGCCAAGCACGUCGAAGUAAAACACGGCCACCCCGACGUUCUCGUCAAUAAUACUAGAAUCUUUUCAUCAGGCGAUCCAGAUGCCGCCGAUAUCCAGUCCCUCGUUGACACCUUUACUACCAAUGCCGCCGGUCCUUGUGCCACCGUGAAAGUUUUCGAACCACUCCUUUCCCGUUCCGCCAACACCCCGCGUAUCAUCAACGUGACCUCAGUCCUAGACUCCAUCUCUACACGCCUAGACAAAUCGAAUCCCAUCUACAACUUCAAAUAG